UGCAGGCCAGGCCCCUGGAGCAGAACAGCAGUCACUGGUAUUACCAGCAGCAGAGUCCCCAACAUUACACCAGACAGCAUCUCCUCAAUCAGCAGCCACUAUCCAGUCUACAACAACUGUCCUGUCUACUGUAAUGGCCCAGUCCACGGUAACUACUCUGUCAAAAGAAACUGUCCAAACGACCACAGCGGUCCAGUCGACUGUAGCGGUGAAGUCGACAGCAGCAUCGGCAGAGCGCCCGCCACCUGUCAUCUCCGGGUUACCCAGAACCCCUCUUCAGAAUACACAGCCCAGCCCCGUACCCCCUCGUCCAUCCCCAUCUCCUCGACCAUCACCAGCACAGUCCCACACAAACGUUCUACCUGUAGCUCGUCCAAUAGCAGUGCCCUCAACACAACCAGCUCGGCCUACAGCUGUACCUGAUGGACCACCGGCCGCACCACCAACACAACCGCUACCGCCUACAGUUUUGGAGAAGUCGGAUGUUGCCACGGCAACUCCGCCAACACCGGUCCAGUCCGCUCAGUUGCUUACUUUGUCUGAAGAACUUGCCGGCCCCUCUGAGAAGCAGGAGUCCUUGGUCACUGAGCAUGUGCAACCGUCCCCCACUCUGCCAUCACCGAAGUCCCCUGUUGUCCCAGACAGGACGUCUGAUGAAGCCCCUCUACAGCUGUCAGCCCCUGCUGUAACCACACCCUCUGGCCCCUGUCAGAUGUUUAUGACACAGUUUUCAGCUCAGUUGUCAGUAGCACCCUUAGUACGCUCCCUACCGAGGGUGGAGGAAAAAGAGGAGGAGGAAGAUGAGGGGGAGAGGCUUUGCCCCCUCUCUGCCACGUCUAUGGAAGCUGUGAUGACCAGGUCUGUUGCUACGGAAACGACCCCCGUCGGUGAGAAAAAGGAGGAGAUUGUUGUCCAGUUAGGCAGCAAGCGAAAGUCAAGUCGACAUGAAGCGCUCCUCUCCGGUCUCCGCCUCCGCUUAAGGCCACGCCCCCAGGACAGCACACCAUCUCCAGUGGUUGCUAAGAAACCCAGAGGAGAGAGAACCGCCCCUCUAGACCACGACUACUCAAAGGUGAUGGAGGACGGAGAAGAAAAGUCCAGGGAAUCACACGUUGACCAGGAUGUAGUAGAGGACACAGCUAACGGUGAGAUGGCUGACAACAAGUCUAGUGGACAAGGAAGUAGUAAACACAUCAUCAGUGAGGAAGAGGGAGGAGCUAACACUGAUGUGACCUCUCUGACCAGACAAUCACCUAUUGGUGGAGGUGUUGGUGUGUCCAAAUCCAAGAAGAGAAGCAUGACCUGGGUGCAGGCUCAGAGAGGUUUGGCCCUAGCCCAGGCUAAGAGGAGUAGGUCGAAGGUCACUAAGACCUCACAUCAAGGUCAGAGGUCAGAGCUUAGAGGUCUGGUCACACAGACAUCGUUUCUGCCUUCCACUCCACAGCGCCGCCGGUCGUACAGCCCCAGCCCUCAUGCUGCGUCUACCUCAAGCCUCAGCCCACGCCGCACCAGCCCGCGUUGCACCAGCCCUCACGGUACCCCCAGCCCACACCGCACCAGCCCGCGUUGCACCAGCCCUCACGGUACCCCCAGCCCACACCAGGCUACGGAGGUGAAUGUGAACCCUUCUCCUACCACCCCUCCUCACCCACAGCCUCAUCAGUUCAAGGUAAUUUCUGCCACCCCUCGUCGCGGCAGACCUCGCUCGGCGGCCGCGGCGUUAUUGAAUUUGAAACGUUCUCCCUCCACCCCUCAACCUAUCCCCUUCAUUGUCACCGUCAGCCCUCACUCCGGAUUCAAAAAGUCCCCCCCAUGCACGCUGACAUUCCAGCAGGCGCAGCGGUAUCGCAAGUCACAACCGAUGUGGUCGCCGCCAGGACCGUUCCAGCUCCAACAGUCUCCCAAGUCUCCACGGAAACCUUUUACCAAGAACCAGUGUGCAGACUGCGGUCGCGUACUGAGUAGCGCCGCUGCUUUAGAGAGUCACGCCUCCCUCCACACGGGGAAGCGCCCGUUCGCCUGCUCUGCCUGCGGCAAGGACUUCCCCAACCUCAAGGGCCUCAACCGCCACGCCCGCGUCCACGGUGAUCAGCGGGGCCACCAGUGUCCGAAGUGCGACAAGACCUUUGUCUACCGCUUCGGCCUGACUAAGCACGAGCAGAUGGUCCACAGCGGCGUGCGCCCGUUCAUCUGCCCGAUCUGUGACAAACGCUUCGUCAUCCGGCGCGACAUGGAGACGCAUCUCCGCGUUCACACUGGAGAGAAACCGUUUGCCUGCUCCCUCUGCGUGAAGCGGUUCAAGAGGCGUGUGGAACUGAAUGUUCACCUGAGGUGGCACAACGGGGAGAAGAGACACUGGUGCUCGUACUGCGGGAAGGGCUUUCUGGAUUACAAUAAUCUGAAGAGGCACAAAUUUGUACACACUGGGGAGAAACCUUACACCUGCUCUGAGUGUGGCAAGCACUUCAAACAGACUGGCCAUCUGAAGAAACACCUGAAGACAAUACACAAAGACAGAUAGAGAGGACAGGGGACGAGCCUUUUAUGGCACCCUAUUCCCUAUAUAGUGCACUACUUUGGACUAGAAAUAUAGCACUAUAUAGGGAAUAGGGUGUCAGAUGGUGAUGAGGGAAUAGUUCUGUUUGCUGUGAAUUUGCUUUUGUUUGGAAGAAUCAUGCUGUGAGAGAAUGUAGCAAAAUGUUAAAGAAAAAUGUUGAAUUUGAAUUUCAGUUGAUUAAUUUAAUUAAAACUAAUUCUGGUUGUCA